AUGAAGCUGCAGAAUUUACUUGCGCGUUCUCGUCCCUCGACCCUGCCGAGGCCUUUCAUUGCUCAGACAGUAGCUCCAGGGUUUGGUGGCGUUCGAUACAACUCCAUCACGAAAGAAUGGAAAGGUGCCUCCACAGAGGAUCACAAUACCCGCCGAUCCCAGAAAGGAGAUACCCACGAUCCGGCUUCGAGCGCAGCCGCUGCUGGCAUGAAGGAAAGGAAAGCAAACGAAGGAAUCGCGGAUGAGACGAAAUCUUCAGGAAUCACACAGAGAGGUGGAGUUAAGCAUGGUAGAAAAGCCAAACAGGAACACCCAGCGGCCCCGGAACCCAUUAUUGGAAUGAAUGAUGAGCGGGCGCAGAAGGGCCAUUGA